AUGAGCGGUGCUACUGUUUUGAAGCUAGAAAUGGAUUCUGAUUUGUGUGGGGUAUGUGGCUGCAGCGGAGAGCUAAUGACACCAGAAGAGUAUGAUGCUUCUGAGUUACCACAAGUGCCGCUCAGAAGUAUGCUUUUGCAGAUUAAUAACCAUAAGGUAAUACCAGAAGGUAGACUCUGUUCAAGCUGUAUUAGAAGAGCUGUUGAUGCCUAUCAGUUUAGUUCAGCCCUAUCAGCCAAAGGUACUCCGUCUUUAAGUGAUAAAGUUAGGCUUCUUCGAAAAAGACUCCUGGACCUUACUCAGAAAAUAGAUGUGUUCAUAGUUGUAGGAGGCCAAAACAAAGAGUCAGGUGCAAUGUAUAAUGAAGAUGACAUUAUCAUGGUUGAUCGCGAUGCACUGGCUUCGGCAGCAGCUUUUGAUACUGAUGACCUGGAAAAAGUUAAGAAUGCAGCAGGGGAGUCUGUUUAUCAGUGCACAGUUUGUCCAAUGUCAUUUGAGGUGGCUAGUGAAUACCGUAGUCAUGUGAACAGUCAUGGAAGCAGUGCAAGGCAUUCUUGCUGGACAUGUGGGGCCCAAUUCACAUCAUUAGAGGCUUUUCAGGAUCACACCUUAUUGCAUCGUGUUCAGGCUAAUAAUCAGCUAGUAAAUUGUUGUCCGGUAUGCGAAGAAACAUUCUCAUCCCAGUCAGAGUUAGGUGCGCAUGCAAGGGCAGUGCAUACCAGCGGUAUCAGUGUUUGUGAAGUUUGCUCAAGUGCAGUUCCAGUAGAUGAAUUACCAGCCCACCGUCUGGCUCAUAGACAGGCUGACCGCUUUCUAUGUGGAUAUGAUCUCUGUAUACUACGGUUUCCUACUAGGAGUGACUUAAUGUCUCACAUACGAUCAUGCCAUGCGGGUACCGCUGGACCUGACGUGAGUAUCGACAAACCUCAAGGGGGGCAAGCUGAUGGGGCAACAGGCCAAACUUCUAGGACAAUGGGGCAUACUGGAGAUUCGGGAAGUAGCGAACGAAUUGUGCCUUGCGCCAGCUGCGAUCGAAUGUUCGGAUCGGUCGCGGCCAUGAAGCGACACUCACGUGUUCAUCGGCGCGAAGAAACGCAACAGGACGAGGAAUGGGUGGCACCUACUGGAGUCAGUAGAGAUGUUGAAUAUCUUGAAUUUGAGACCCUGGAUGACCUCCGGGACUAUCCCAUGGAGUAA